AAUGAAGAGAGUCAUUAAACAAAACUCAGCUAAGACUUGUUCUGUUUCUCAAUCAAUUGCCACCAAUCAAAGCAGACGUUUUAGUAAAUCCCAAACAACACAAAAGAAGACCAAGGCUCCAUUCUCCCUUGUCGAAAAGGGUGAAUAUGAUAUUUCAAGCCUUGUUUCUCGUUUGGAUAUUGUCAAGCAAAGACUCGGCAGACCAUUGACUCUCUCUGAAAAGAUUUUGUACGGCCAUUUAGAUGACCCAGCAAACCAAGAAAUUGUUCGUGGUAAGACAUAUUUGAAGCUCCGUCCAGAUAGAGUUGCUAUGCAAGAUGCUACUGCUCAAAUGGCUAUGCUCCAAUUCAUGAGUUCGGGAAUUCCAGUUGUCCAAGUUCCAUCAACCAUUCACUGUGAUCACUUGAUUCAAGCUGAAGAUGGUGCCACAAAAGAUUUGAAGAAGGCUGUUGAUGUCAACAAGGAAGUUUAUAACUUUUUGGCUACUGCUGCCGCUAAGCACAAUAUUGGAUUCUGGAAACCAGGUAGUGGUAUUAUUCACCAAAUUGUCCUUGAAAACUAUGCUUUCCCAGGUGGUUUGAUGAUUGGUACUGAUUCCCACACUCCAAAUGCUGGUGGUUUGGGUAUGAUUGCUAUUGGUGUCGGUGGUGCUGACGCUGUUGAUGUUAUGGCUGGUAUUCCUUGGGAAUUAAAGACACCAAAGGUUAUUGGUGUUCAUUUGACUGGUAAAUUGAAUGGUUGGACUACUCCAAAGGACGUCAUUUUGAAGGUUGCUGAUAUUUUGACUGUUAAGGGUGGUACUGGUGCCAUUGUUGAAUAUUUCGGUUCUGGUGUUGAAUCUCUUUCUUGUACUGGUAUGGCCACUAUUUGUAAUAUGGGAGCUGAAAUCGGAGCUACCACUAGUUUGUUCCCAUAUACUGAAGCUAUGGAAAGAUAUUUAGUUUCUACUAAGAGAACUCAAAUGGCUCAAGUCAUUAAUGAUCAUAAGGAUAUUUUCAAGGCUGAUAAGAAUGCUGAUUACGAUCAAAUUAUUGAAAUUAACUUGGAUACUUUGGAACCACACAUUAACGGACCUUUCACUCCUGAUCUUGGUACUCCAUUGUCAAAAUUCGCUGAAAGAGUUGAAAAGGAAGGUUGGCCAGAAAAGCUCAGUGCUGGUUUGAUUGGUUCUUGUACCAACUCAUCAUAUGAAGACAUGAGUAGAUCUGCUGAUAUCUGUAAACAAGCUGCUGAACAUGGUUUGAAGAGUAAGGCUCACUUCUUCAUCACUCCAGGUUCCGAACAAGUCAGAGCUACCAUUUCUCGUGAUAAUAUUUUGACUGAUUUGGAAGCUGCUGGUGGUCAAGUUUUGGCUAAUGCCUGUGGUCCAUGUAUUGGUCAAUGGGACAGAAAGGAUACUAAGAAGGGUGAAUCAAACUCUAUCAUUACUUCAUACAAUAGAAACUUUACUGCUCGUAACGAUGGUAAUGCUGCUACUCAUGCUUUCGUUGCUUCUCCAGAUAUUGUUACUGCCUUGUCAAUUGCUGGUUCCUUAAAGUUCAACCCAAUGAAGGAUUCUUUGGUUGGUUCUGAUGGUAAGGAAUUCAAGCUUUCUCCACCAAAGGGUAUGGAAUUGCCAGCUAAGGGUUUCGAUGCCGGUGAAAAUACUUUCCAAGCUCCACCAGAAGAUGGUUCUAAGAUUUCUGUUGAUGUUUCUCCAACUAGUGACAGAUUACAAUUGUUGUCACCAUUCUCUGCUUGGGACGGUAAGGACUAUAACGACUGUUCAGUCUUGAUUAAGGUUGUCGGUAAGUGUACUACUGACCACAUCUCUAUGGCUGGUCCAUGGUUGAAGUACAGAGGUCACUUGGACAAUAUCUCCAACAACUUGUUGAUUGGUGCUGUCAAUAUUGAAAAUGCUAAGGCUAAUUCAAUUAAGAAUCAAUUGACCGGUGAAUUCGGUACUGUUCCAGAUGUUGCUAGACAUUAUAAGGCUAACGGUGUUAAUUGGGUUGUUAUUGGUGAUGAAAACUAUGGUGAAGGUUCAUCUCGUGAACAUGCUGCUUUGGAACCAAGAUGGUUGGGUGGUGUUGCUAUCAUUACUCGUUCAUUCGCUCGUAUUCACGAAACUAACUUGAAGAAGCAAGGAAUGUUGCCAUUAACUUUCAAGGAUGCUAAGGACUACGAUAAGGUUGACCCAACUGAUAAGCUCACUUUGCACAUUGGUGGUGAUAAAUUCCAAAUUGGUAAGCCAGUCACAAUGACUGUUAAGAAGCAAAAUGGUCAAUCAUUCGAUGUUGAACUCAAUCAUACUUUCAGUGAUUUGCAAAUUGAAUGGUUCAGAGCUGGUUCUGCUUUGAAUUGGAUUAAGAACAAACUCAAUGCUAAAAAAUAAGGGACCUUGUAUACAAAACAAACUAGAUUUAUAAAUUAUUUAUUUAAAAUUUC